UUUAGACGUACUCCGUUCUCCCUAAGGUUUUACUGUGACAUCGUUAAACACAUAGUAAUUAUUGUUGAUAAUCAAGGCUCGAGCGCGACUGUUAAAAAAUUCGUAAUAAAAUUUAAAAAACUUUAAUUAGUUUGAAGUGUAGUGUUAAUUAAUGUUUAUAGUGGAAUUAUAUUGUGAAUUAAAAUAAUUGACUAAGUACAUCUAAAAUGAUGUUAACACGACCUAAUAAACGUAUAAUUAUGAAAUUAAAUAAGAUUCGACGGCGUACAAUAAAGGAAGGGAUAGUGCGAACUUGAGAAAAGUCGUCCAGGGGAUGACGCUCGGAGGUGAAGACGAACGAAGUGGUGCGGGGUGAGCUGGCGCGGGGCAUGUGGGUGCUGUUGCUGUUCGCUUUGGCGGCGGCCGCCACCGCCGACUGUCCCCGUCAUUGCGAGUGCAAAUGGCGAAGUGGCAAGGAGUCUGCAUUGUGCGCACAUGCUGGCCUCACCGCUGUCCCACCGCGACUAGAUCCCACCACACAACUUCUUGAUCUUGCCGAAAACAGCUUACCUAUUCUUCGUAACGAUGCCUUUGCUGCUGCUGGUCUACUUAAUCUACAACGUCUAUAUCUUCCCUCCUGCAAAGUACGGACUAUACGAAAUUUUGCAUUUCGUGCUCUUGUAAAUUUAGUUGAACUUGAUCUUUCACGCAAUGUACUCGAUAAUAUACCAUCACAUGCUUUUGAUUCUAUCCCGGAGCUUCGUGAGCUACGCCUGAGUGGAAAUCCUAUAACAAAAGUAUCAGAUGAAGCAUUUCUAGCUUUACCUCAUUUAGUUCGGCUAACUUUGAGUGCCUGCAAAAUAUCUGAAAUUGGACCCCGAGGUUUUAUUGGACUAGAAGCAUCCCUUGAAUAUUUAGAAUUAAGUAAAAACAAAUUGCAGGUUCUACAUGUUGCCGUACUAGCACCAUUAAGAUCAUUAAAAGGCUUAGAAUUAGCAAAUAAUCCAUGGGAUUGCACUUGUGCUUUAAGACCAAUGCGGGAUUGGAUGAUAAGAAGAAACGUGCCUGCUACAGUAGUACCAGAUUGUGCUCUACCACCACGAUUAAUGUCUCAAUCAUGGGAUCGCCUUGACCUAGAAGAUUUUGCAUGUCGACCAGAAGUAAGCGCAGCAACAAAUCAUUUUAAAGGUGUGGAAGGGGAAGAAGUAACGCUAGUAUGUCGAGUAUCAGGUGUACCUGCACCUAGAGUUAGAUGGAUUCGAGCGGGUCGUUUACUUGCCAAUACAACAUCAAGUAAUGUCAAUUCUGGUAGGACCUUUAUGUUACGUAGUGAAGGAAAAACUAGUAAUUUAACUAUUAAAUCAACAGAUAUGCAGGAUACUGGUUCUUACACAUGUAAUGCAGAAAAUCGUGCUGGUAAAGCAGAAGCUACUUUAAAUUUGGUAAUUGAGAAGAAACCACAAGGUAGAAGUUUUGGUGGCCGAGCUCUUAUGGCGGGAAUGGCAGUAUCUGCUGUGAUAGUCUUAAGUUCGUGUUUAAUAGUAUUAUGUGCUUAUGAAACUCGUAAAAAAAGACAAUUAGAUAGGUGGAAUGAACAGAUAGUCACAACAAAUCAUCGUGAUGAUAGUUAUGAAAAAAUAGAUGCAAAUCUUAAGAGCACUGUUGAAGUUCCAAGAGUUUUACCUAAUGAGGGUGGACGAAAAAGAGGUGAUUAUAGAAAUGUUCCUUCACAUGAUCCGGAGGAUGACUAUCAAGGUUACUUGAGGGGUGAAGUUCAAGAAGAGUUAGAUACAUCAGUAUCACCACCUAGGGAAACAAAAUGGCUUCGGCCAGAGUUCAGUUUAAGAAAUACGAUUAAUAAUGUUCCUGAAAGAGAUCUUCACAUACCACGGUUCAGCGAUUACAGUUUACGAACUGACGGAGCUUUAGAAUCGGUACAGGGCACAAAUUCAACAGGAGUUCUCAGUGCGCACGUAGAGAUUUUAUCCGAAAAUAAUCGUUAUAAUAAUAACCUUCGAUCGUGUCCUCGACCACGAACACGUGACCGUCUUGAUAAUGAUCUUUCGGGCAGUGAUAGUGAAAAAAACUAUCCAGAUUUAAUAGAAAUGAGUGCUUUAGGGACUUCUUCAUAUUUACGAAAUGAAAUUAAACAUGAUCCUUACUAUUUCUAUACUAUUCCUCGAAGAAAAGACGGAGAUAGUCGUAGUCCUCUACUGAGUAGCAGAAGAAAUAGUUCUGGUGGUGAUUCAGCUACUUUUUUUGAUAAACCUUAUGAUAAAAAUAGACAAAAACCUUCUGGGCGACGAUCUAAUAGUUUUUUAGAUCUUUCUACGGGUGGUAACCGAGCACAUCGCAAUCCCAGUCUUCCCGCUUCACCCUCGAGGGAACAACCAACUGUGCCGUCCGCUACACCACUAUUAGAUCUUUCGGGCCUUCGAGAUUAUUCUCGAACUGGACAACCAAUGGAGGAUUUUGACUUUAGAGCAUCACAGCUUGAAAAAUUUUUAGAAGAAUAUAGAAGCUUAAGAGAACAGCUCUCAAGGAUGAAAGAAACUAGAGAAAAUUUGCAGAGAAAUAGGGCAGUGGAUAAUGACGAAUUAAGAUCAAUUUUAAAAGGAAAACCAAGUGUAGCUGUAACGGAAACCUCGUCCUCUGUAGCUCUAGCUGAUGCAGCAUCCCCGUUAGCUCUCAGCCCACCAGAGUACAAGCCGCAACAAUCUCGACCGGAGUGGCUUACUACUUUGUUGUAUCGUAAUUAAGUAGGUAGCAGGUGCUGUGUUAUGAAUUUUUAUCACCACGGACUAAAAGUAAAGUGUAUAAUAAAAAGACCAGACGUUGAACACUCCUAUCAUAAUAAUUAAGUAGAUUAUGUACAGAUAGACAUUCAGUAACUGUUAAUAAUUAUGAAAUUGUAAAUACUUGAACUGAUGAUUGCGAUAAGAAUUU